AUGCAAAAGACAAUGGCUCAAGAAGUUCGUUCUGCUACACCUUUGAACCCAACGAUCCCAUCAAUUACUGAUGUUCUGCCUUCUUUUAGAUUGGAUGGACACGUAACCAUCGUCACUGGUGCUGCCGGUGGGUUGGCUCACACUUUGUCACAGGCAUUGGUGUCACAGGGAUCAGAACUAGCAUUGAUGGAUCUUUCUUUGCCUAGUUUAGAGAAUGUUAAAACUGAAUUGGAACUCUUCCAGAAACAGAACAAUAUACCUCCAGUUAAGAUUUCCCUAUGGGCUUGUGAUAUAUCGAACGCAGAUGAAGUAGAAAUGGUGGUUAAGUCGAUUCCAAGUUCUCACAAGGGAAUUGUACCACAAAAAUUGGUACAUACCGCUGGAUUUUGUCAAAACAUCAAUGCUCAUGAGUACGAUGCUGAAAAGGCUCAAAAAUUGGUUAAUGUUAACUUGUUAGGUUCUUUAUACAUUUGCCAAUCUAUGGCUAGACAACUAUUGGCUAGGAGAACUAGAAGAAAGUCUAUCUCUGAGCACAUUGAUGAAUCUGGUGAAGCUAUGCCUCAGUUCCCUGAAGCUUCAUUCGUUCUAAUCGGAUCCAUGUCCGGUUUAAUCGUUAACACUCCACAGCCUCAAUGUGCCUACAACAUGUCUAAGGCUGGUGUCAUUCACCUAGUGAAAUCACUAGCAGCAGAAUGGGCUAAAUUUGGUAUUAGAGUUAACGCCAUUUCUCCAGGUUACAUUGCUACUGCUUUGACCAAGAAAGUCAUCUCUCAAUCGCAAGAAGGUGCUGCUCUACAAAAAGAAUGGACUAACAGAAUCCCACUUGGUCGCAUGGCUGAACCAAAGGAAUUUAUCGGUUCCAUGCUUUACCUACUAUCGAGAUCUGCUUCCAGUUACACUACUGGUGAAAAUAUGGUUGUGGAUGGUGGUUACGUGUGUUGGUAA